AUGUUACCAUCCUUAGCACCUUAUUACCUUCUCUUGCAAGUGGCAUUUAACUAUCGGAGCAAGGUCUCAGCUCAUCCAACCCCAGUACUUUUAGACGAUACUCCCCUGUCGAUUUGGGAUUGUGCACACCAGGGGCUUCUUGAAACACCCGCCUCUGACGUUGGGAGACUGGAGGGUCUUCAGGAUGGAGACAGUCGAAAGCGCCCAUCGGAAUGCGUGAUUUACCCUGCCAAUCAAGUCAAUGCCUUCUCAAUCACCUCAGAAAAUGGACCAAUUCCAAGUUCAGGAAAGAGGCCAAGACAGACCGCCGAGACUUAUGCAGAUAAUUGGACAGCAACCCCUUUGUUAACUAAUGUGAUCAAAUCCAAUCUUCCGAACAAGUACCAUGAAGCUCACCCACAAGGUACUGACCUGGUUCAAAUCAUCUUGUCAAAUUCCCAUCCGGAUCAGGAUUUGGAGGAUGGGAUCCUCAAGCAACUUAUUCAGAUUGCUUGGAAGGAUUAUACCACCAAUUCUUUCUUCAUGCACAAAGUUCCGAACCCCUGUUGGAUCACCAGCCAAACACUUUGA